AUGAAAUCUCCAGGCAGACAAUCUAUGAAACCUCCAGAUAGACAAUCUAUGAAACCUCCUGACAGACAAUCUAUAAAACCUCCUGACAGACAAUCUAUGAAACCUCCAGGCAGACAAUCUAUGAAAUCUCCAGGCGGACAAUCUAUAAAACCUCCUGACAGACAAUCUAUGAAACCUCCAGGCAAACAAUCUAUGAAGCCUCCUGACAGACAAUCUAUAAAACCUCCAGGCAGACAAUCUAUGAAACCUCCAGGCAGACAAUCUAUGAAACCUCCAGGCGGACAAUCUAUGAAAUCUCCAGGCAGACAAUCUAUGAAACCUCCAGAUAGACAAUCUAUGAAACCUUCUGAUAGACAAUCUAUGAAACCUCCUGACAGACAAUCUAUGAAACCUCCAGGCAGACAAUCUAUGAAACCUCCUGACAGACAAUCUAUGAAACCUCCAGGCAGACAAUCUAUGAAACCUCCUGACAGACAAUCUAUAAAACCUCCUGACAGACAAUCUAUGAAACCUCCAGGCAGACAAUCUAUGAAACCUCCAGGCAGACAAUCUAUGGAGUCUCCAGACAGACAAUCUAUGGAGUCUCCAGACAGACAAUCUAUGGAGUCUCCAGACAGACAAUCUAUGGAGUCUCCAGACAGACAAUCUAUGAAAUCUCCUCCAGGCAGACAAUCUAUGAAACCUCCAGGCAGACAAUCUAUGAAACCUCCAGGCAGACAAUCUAUGAAACCUCCAGGCAGACAAUCUAUGAAACCUCCAGGCAGACAAUCUAUGAAACCUCCAGGCAGACAAUCUAUGAAACCUCCAGGCAGACAAUCUAUGGAAUCUCCAGGCAGACAAUCUAUGAAACCUCCAGGCAGACAAUCUAUGAAACCUCCAGGCAGACAAUCUAUGAAACCUCCAGGCAGACAAUCUAUGGAGUCUCCAGACAGACAAUCUAUGGAGUCUCCAGACAGACAAUCUAUGGAGUCUCCAGACAGACAAUCUAUGGAGUCUCCAGACAGACAAUCUAUGAAAUCUCCUCCAGGCAGACAAUCUAUGAAAUCUCCAGGCAGACAAUCUAUGAAACCUUCAGACAAUCUAUGA